GCCCUGGCGCACCUUUUGCCGGCCCCGGCCAUGUACAGCAUGCUGGAGACGGAGAUUAAGGCGCCGCAGCCCACGCCGGGCAGCACCGGGGGCAACCCCGCUCCGGGGAGCACUGGCAAAGGCGGCGGAGGCGGCGGGACCGGCAACGGAGCGGGAGCGGGCUCGGACCAGGACCGGGUGAAGCGCCCCAUGAACGCAUUCAUGGUGUGGUCGCGGGGGCAGCGGCGGAAGAUGGCCCAGGAGAACCCCAAGAUGCACAACUCGGAGAUCAGCAAGCGCCUSGGMGCCGACUGGAAGCUGCUGAGCGACGCCGAGAAGCGGCCCUUCAUCGACGAGGCCAAGCGGCUGCGGGCCGUGCACAUGAAGGAGUAUCCGGAUUACAAAUACCGGCCCCGGAGGAAGACCAAGACUUUGCUGAAGAAGGACAAAUACUCGCUGCCGGGCAAUCUGCUGGCCCCGGGGGGGGGCAACGCGGUGAGCAGCCCGGUCGGGGUGGGGCAGAGGAUUGACACUUAUGCCCACAUGAACGGCUGGACCAACGGGGCUUACUCCCUGAUGCAAGACCAGCUGGGCUACAGCCAGCACCCGGGCAUGAACAGCCCGCAGCUGCAGCAGAUGCACCGCUACGACAUGACGGGCCUGCAGUACAGCCCCAUGAUGUCCACGGCCCAGACCUACAUGAACGCCGCCUCCACCUACAGCAUGUCCCCCGCCGCCUACGGCCAGCAGCCCUCCACGGCCAUGAGCCUGGGCUCCAUGGGCUCCGUGGUGAAAUCCGAGCCCAGCUCGCCGCCUCCGGCCAUCACUUCCCACUCGCAGAGGGCCUGCCUGGGAGACCUGCGGGAUAUGAUCAGCAUGUACCUGCCCCCCGGCGGGGAUGCCACAGACCCUUCGGCCCUGCAGGGCAGCAGGUUACACAGCGUGCACCAGCACUACCAGAGUGCCGGGACUGGCGUGAAUGGUACCGUACCACUAACUCACAUAUAAACUUGGCUGCUCCGGACGGCUCCCCGGCUUAAUCCCUAACCCCACCACCGCUCCCUGACUACACCGGGACGUACGGCAGUGUUGCUCGGCUUAGCAGACUUUAUACUAACUCUGGAAAAUUUUUAAAGAGGAAAUCCGUUAGUUGUGUC